CCAAUCGGUGCAGUGCGGCGUUUAGCUUCCAACACCAAGCUCUCUGCUCGAGCUUCUGCCGCCAUGGUGAACGUUCCAAAGACCAAAAAGACAUUCUGCAAGUCCAAGGAAUGCAAGAAGCACACAUUGCAUAAGGUCACUCAGUACAAAAAAGGAAAGGAUAGUCUUGCGGCUCAGGAGAAGCGUCGAUAUGAUCGCAGACAAUCUGGUUAUGGUGGACAGACCAAACCAGUCUUCCACAAAAAGGCCAAGACCACAAAGAAGAUUGUCUUGAGGCUGCAAUGUCAGGGAUGCAAGCAUGUUUCUCAGCACGCAAUCAAGAGGUGCAAGCAGUUUGAGAUUGGUGGUGACAAAAAGGGGAAGGGAGCAUCUCUUUUUUAAAUUAGUCUUGGAAUAUCAUAUGUAGUAUGUUGUUUUAUUUUGUUUGUU